UGAAGAGACUUGUCUCUCAGUGGUGGCGAUGAUGACUGUAUUAUAUAAUCUUGGAUAUGCGAUUGGGUACUAAUCGCGAGUAUAUACUCCGUAUUGUAACGUCUUGGUGCUCUCGCGCAUUUACUUCGACUCUUGUUUGCUGAACUUUUCAAUAGCGAUACCUGACUUCACUGUUAUCAGGCUGAUAUAUAAGGCAUGAGUUAGUUUGGACAUGACAUAAACGCUUCACAUCGCCAAGGCAUAUCCUUCCCUCGUGUGCUCUUGUGAGACAAAGUUUUCUGCAAUCCGCCGUCACUGACGAAAUAUCAGUUAACUGACGAAAUAUAAGUUAACUGUUGAAAUAUCUUGUUAACCAGGUACUAAUCUGCGACCAAGACACCAGAUUUCGGUAGCCAUGAAACUGUCGGUCGCUGCCACAGCAAUACUGAACCUCCUAUCGUGCGUGUUAGGCACACUGACGGAACUAAACAGUUAUGAGUACCCAGAAAACUCGGAGGACUGCAGAAACUUUACUACAGCAACUAUGCAGCUGAAUAGCGAUAUAAUAGAAUAUAUCACUAUCCCAACUAUAGAAUGUUUGACUAUCAAAAACAGUGGAAUUAGUGUAAUCCGUACAGGAGCCUUUAGUUUUAUACCAAACUUAAAGUAUUUGGAUCUCAGUAAUAAUAAAAUUCCUUCUCGUGAUUUGAUGUCCUUCGGAAGCCUUCCGACACUUAGAACGUUGAUAAUUAACAAUCAAGUUUCGUAUUCUUAUGACUUAUUAACGAUAACGAAUCCAUAUCCGGAGCUUCGAUAUUUAAGCUUGAGAAACAGUAAUAUCAGAACAGUAAUCUUUUCACAGACAAAUGCUUUACCGAAACUAACGCACCUCGAUAUAUCACAAAACAAGAUUUCCGAUAUAAAUCUGAAUCCCUGUGAAUUCAAAAGUUUGACGCACCUGAAUUUAAGCCACAAUGACAUAUAUUCCUUGGGUAUACAAUCUCUAAACAAUUUAUCGUGGUUAUCUUUAAACAAAAAUAGACUUAGCUAUAUAUAUUUUGAUUUUCAUGGAAUGCAGAGUUUAAUGUAUCUUUCAAUAAGGCAAAAUAAAAUACGGCAAAUAUCCACCGACGCGUUUGCAGAUCUCGUGAAUCUUCGUUACUUGGACAUGUCCUCGAAUCAACUACAAACGUUGUUUAGUACGACGAUGGGGAAUUUGACGUCGCUGGAGGUUCUUCUGUUAGAUUCCAAUUUGCUGGACGACUUACCCUCAAUGUUGCCCAGGAACCUAACAACGCUCUCGGCGAAGGAUAACAAAUUGAAUGUUCUGACAAUGUCUGUGUUCCACGAUCUGCCGAACCUGAGGACGCUGGACUUGGGCUGGAACAACAUUUCGUACCUGUCCGAGGGCACGUUCCAGAAUCAGAAGCUGUUAGAGGAACUGAAUUUGAAUGACAAUCAGCUGACUCAUCUGCCACACGAUUUCUACCAAAAUUUUGAACAGCUUCGCCGCUUGGACUUGUCGAGGAAUCACAUUACGCGCCUGGAGAACGUAUUACUGCCGAAUAUGCUCAGUGUGCAGCACUUGUACAUAAUUGAUAACCCUAUCGGUUUAGUGACUUCCAAUACACUCAAAGGAAUUCCUGACAACCUGACGAUUCAUUUGAUCAACGAGAAGUAUGAUAAAGGUACCGCGCUGAUUGACACCACUGAUUCUUUCAGAGUUCGUCACGGCCUGCAAGCCAUGAACCUCCUGAUCGCCGCGUUGGCGUUGCUGGCGGCAGCACCAGCCUUGGCAUCAGCUAGGGCGAUCGAGUUCAUGCUGGAAUACGAAGACGACUACUAUUCCGACUGCGAGAAUUAUACGCUAACGCUACAACUAUCCAGCAGCCAGUUGGAGAAAGGGUUCAUCUCUUCAGCAACGGUGAGAUGCUUGCUGGUGCAAGGCGGCCUCGUCGACUACGUGGCCGACGGCGCGUUCGAGCAGAUGCUCAGCCUCAAGCACCUAGACCUCCGUGGAAACAGGAUCACUCCAGGCAACUUGUUCUCCUAUGGGAAUUUGACGUCAGUUAGAACCUUGCUGCUGAGCAACCAGACCGUCGGGUAUUACGGUAGAGCGGCUUACGUGAAGAGCCUGUAUCCGCAGCUCAGGCACCUGGACCUGAGCAACACCGGCUUGGACGGGGUGAGCAGCGCGUACACCGAGCCCUUCCCACAGCUCAGACAUUUGGACCUGUCUAUCAACAAGAUCGUCUACCCGGACUUCACCAGCCUGCUGCCGCAAUCCUUGACCCAUCUCCUGCUGAACGGAAAUAGCAUCUCACGGUUCUCUGCGAAGAAGCUGACCAACCUCACCUUCCUGCAGUUAGAUAACAAUAAUAUCGCAGCUCUAGGCAACGGUUACUACUCGCUUGAAUUGGCCAACAUGUUCAGCUUAAGGUACCUCUCCGUUGCGAACAAUCGCAUCUCCACCAUUCACCGGGACACGUUCAACGACACCGUGCACCUCCGUCAUUUGGACCUCUCCUACAACGCUCUGUCGCGCCUGGAACCAGCCACCAUAGUCAGCCUGCAGCAGCUGGAGAUCCUCAUUCUGGACGGCAACUCGUUCGAAGACAUCCCCGCCACGGAUAUAAUGAACCUUACCACCCUGUCGAUGAAUUGCAACAAAAUAACACGUUUGACGGUCAAUCCGCUACUGAACCUGCCGUACCUGAGGACGCUAUAUCUAGGCGGCAACCGGAUCUCCAACGUGAACGCGUUCUCGUUCCGCUUCCAGACCAACCUGCAGGUGCUGUACUUGAACGAUAACCAUUUGAGCUCCCUGCCAAAUGACUGGGCCACCCAACUGAAGAACCUGAAGCGACUGGACCUGUCCGGCAACCGAUUCAUGUUGCUGGAUUUCGCGGUGCAGUCCAUGCCGUCCACGCUGACGCAUGUUUACUUCGAGAGGAAUCCUCUGCAGUACGUUAAUACCGCUGCCAUGCGGUCCACUCCGGGGAACUUCACCAUUUAUAUGCAACCGGAAGCGGGCAGAGUUGCACGGUGCAAGAUGUUCGAUGGUAAAGUCGUUGCACUGGAUGGGGACGACGAGGAGGGACUGGAGCGACUAGACGCCACGGGGUCGCUCUCACCGGGCAAGACGAUGGGAAGUGAAUCCUCGCCGGUUGCAGGCAGCGUCGAGCAAUAAUCAAUGAAUAUCUAGUGCAAACUGAUCAAUCGAUUGAACGGAACAAAUUGUUCGCAUGGAUCGCGAUGGAAUUCAGUUGCGACUGUUAACCGCAGUUAAUCCGAAACAAUUGAAUCGUCAAUUGUGAUUUUAAGCCUGAAAACGUUUCAUAGUCUUUCCGACGGAACAGUCGAGAGACGUGUUGUAUCGAAUGCUGACGGGAGAUGAUAAAGUUAUGUAAUUAAAAAAAUUGUUUAAAUUCGAGAAACAUCAUUAUGAUCUUACAAUGAUUACACUGCGUUGCAUAAUACAAAUUAGAUAAUAAAUGCGUAAAAUAAAUGUCAGAUGUUUGUUUCUUGCCGUUCUGUUGGUGUUGCAGCCCACGGAUGCGUUGCACUUGUUGCACCCUAGGGUUGGCUCGGCCCUGGGGAUUAUCAUAAUUAUCAUUACUUUAAAUUCUGAUAGUAUCAAACAACGUAUCGAAACUUCGUACAUAGAUCACUGAUAUAUUCUUGGCUAUAUUUGUCGAGAGCUACUUAUCUUCGAUGUGUAUUUUAACACUCGACCUACCGUGCCAGUCGAAAUGACUGGUUCCGAUUUGUUUGUUUCGCAAUUGUUGAUAUCUUAAGAGCAUCGAAUAUUCGAAAUGAUCUUGGAAUUAAGUAGCUUCACUUGAAUACUAUAAUGAAUGCCCGGAGAAACUGGAAAUAAUUUAUUGCCACAAUUUUCAUUCGGAUUACAUAUUAAUCAUAUUAAAUGCUCGGUUGUUCUAGAGUUGGAGUGCACGUUUAUCGCACAUAAACGACCUUUAACUCGGUUUUCGAUGACCACGCACGAAUGAUUGUUAUUGAACAGCGGAUUCUGCGUUUAUUAGAAACGCGAGUGCGCGGAAUGCAUUUUAUCUUUAACUUUAUUAUUUCCUCUUCGUAUCUUUCCGUUGCAAACGAUGCUUUUGCUUUAUCGCAUCGUUUUCAACAAUUUUUAUUUCAGGUACAGAUACUCCGUUUAUACGUUGGAACAGAUAGCGAAUUAUAUUAACGUCACGAAUACGAGUGCGCAGAAUAUAAGGUUGCAGAACGUAAUCAAUGAAUUUCCAACUUAUUGCGAUUCCGAAGAAAAGAAAUUAGUUCCUACUUUAUCCUCGUUUCUUCUUAAAUCUAAUAAAUUACUACGUCGCUACUAUUAUUAUCUCUAUAAGAACAAUGAUAACAAAUACAUUAUCGUAU